AUGACGGUGAUCUCGAUACUUGCUCUUUUAUUCCUUGUUCUUUCAGCCACUGAGGCGAACAGCAUUGGAGAACAGACAGGAAGCGAAGAAGAGAUCACUAUAUCCAAAUCAGAUGUCGAGUUCGGAAACUAUGCCGACAAGCUGUCGGAGGACGAGCUUCGCAGACUACGACAGGCAGCAGGUUUGUACGUGAAGUAUAAAAUGUUUGAAGUUCUGCAAAGAACGCCUCUAAAUUGA